GUAAGUCACGUGGACGCGUGGGGAUUGAAAAGAGGGUGGGGGAUUGAAAUCUAGAUUCUAAUUUGAGCUAACUCGACUCAGCUAGAACUUGACGUAAGGGACGGCAGCUGAAGCAACCUCACCGUCGAAGCUUUUCAAGUCGGGGCGCUCGGACGGUUGUCAAGGCAUUGACUCGAGGGUUGUUGAUGCUUUAGGUUGUCUGUAGGUUUGUUUACUUUUGCAUAUUUCCAACAUACACCCAAGACUUCUAGAGGCAUCAGUAUCUAUCUACCAAGUUAUGAGGACUUGUCUCGCCGUUUUGUGCCCUUCUACUCCCUGGAUUUGUCGCGUAUCGCAAUGGACGAACUCCCCGCCGAGAUCAACAUCAUAACCCUGAACUGCUGGGGUCUCAAGUACCUCUCCAAUCUCCGUAAUGAGCGCCUGACAGAGAUCGGUCGGAAACUGGCCACGGCCGAACCUUCUCCUCACAUCGUUGGUCUCCAGGAAUGCUGGACCCAAGAGGACUAUCGGAGUAUACGACGGGAGACGCGGUUCAUCCUGCCGUACGGCAAGUUCUACCACAGCGGCGUCUUCGGGGGUGGCUUAGUUAUCUUGUCGAAAUGGCCGAUAGAGGAGAGCACCAUGUUCCGGUAUCCCCUGAACGGCCGGCCGACCGCUUUCUUUAGAGGCGACUGGUUCGUAGGGAAAGGAGUUGCCUGCGCCAAGAUCCGCUACGGGGCCGGCCACAAAGAUGUGAUGGAGGUCUUCAAUACACAUACGCACCCCCCUUACGAGAAGGAGCCCCACGACUCGUACGUCUGCCACCGCACGGCGCAGGCCUGGGAGAUGGCCAAGCUACUGCGCGGGGCCGCAGAGCGGGGGCACCUGGUGAUAGGGCUGGGCGACUUUAACAUGGUGCCCGGCUCGCUCCCGCACCGCAUCGUCUCGGCGCAUGCGCCCGUCCGCGACGUCUGGCGGGUCAUGCACCCGGACAGCUCGCUUGGCCCCGCCGACGACGCCGCCGAGAAGGCCCGCCGGCGGCCCAUCCCCACGGCCGAGUACAACGUGCGCGAGAACGGCGCCACCUCGGACAGCAUCUACAAUACCUGGCGCUGGAGCAAGAAGCAGCAGAAGCUGCUCGGCCCCGGGAAGCCACCCGCCACCGUCCCGCCCGACAGCAUCGAUCGCCGCGGCAAGAGGCUCGACUACAUCUUUGCCGGGACCGGGGACCGGGAUUCCCUCGGCGGCGGCGACGACGGUGACGGCGGGUGGGUUGUCAAGCGAGUCGCCGUCGGGAUGCUGGACCGCCACCCGGAGCUAGGUUGCUCGCUGAGCGACCACUUCUCCGUCGAGGCCACGCUAGCCCUCCCCGCCGCCAAGUCCGGUACCGGGUUCUCUGCCACUGCGGCAGAGAAGAAGGACGAAUACCCGGCAUCACCGAACGGGAACGGGGCCACCAACGACCACGACGUGGCCCUACUGAACGGAACCUACCUCCUGAGCCCACGGCCCAGCUCAGCCCACAUCUCUGCUGCCGGCGACGACGAUGACGACGACAACCACGGCGGCCAGCCGCUCGCCGCUGUGCCCACGGAGGACCGCUCGCUACCGCCAUCGACGUACGACGAGAUCCUGGCCUCGAUCCACCGGUACGCGCUGCGCGAGCGCGCGCAGCAGCGGUGGCGGGGGGCGCACUUCUUGGCGUCCGUCGCCGUCGCGGCGGGCUGCCUGGCCGCCGUGUGGUUCAGCCCGCGGGCCGGGGUCGCGUUCGCGCUGGUCCUCGUCUCCAGCCUGGGGCUCGCGGCCGGCACCGUCGACGGCCUGAUCGCGCUGCUGUUUGUCAACUCGGAGGUGAGGGCCCUGCGCGAGUUCGAGUGGGAGGUCAUGAACGCCAAGGGCGUCGCGGCAGGGGGGCCGGCGCCCGUGGCGCUGGCGCUGGAGGAGGAGGAGGAGCGGGUUGAUGGGUGGUGAUGGGGUCGUGGGCCUUGAUAUAGGUGUAGGAUUAGGAAUAGUAGUAAUGGUAAUGAUUGUAAUGCACUCUCGAGUACGACGUGCAUUGGGGUGACCGGGCAGAUACACCAUGGCAUCAUCACAAACAAGGUGGGAAGGGCAAACAUGGUAUGUGAAGAAAUAUGUGGUCUAUAUGUAUGUAGUAUGGACAAUCCAAAACUCGUACGGCAUGGGUAUUCUUUGGGAUAACAGUUCACGAUGGCCUAGUAUCAUAAAACCAAACGCCUACAAUGCAAAACGAAACCUAAC